AUGAAGUUUCAAAUAGACAACACGCUUUCAGUUGUUGUUAACAGUAGACAAAAAGAAGGGUGCACAUCAACUUCUCAUUCUCUUGAUAUCGAAAUCAUUAGCUUUUUGAAGGUCAUGUUGGAUUCAACCAAUGAGCUGGUUAAGUGUUAUAGAAUGGCCAGAGAUUGUUUUGAUGAAAAUUCUCCUAUAGAUCUAAAGUUACGUCUUAUAGGAAGAAGGCAACAAGAUGGAAGGACAUAUAACUUACCUACUGCUUCUGAGGUUGUUGCUUUAAUUGUUGGUGACAUUGGUGAUGCAAUUGAUAAUAGAGAUAUCAUCGUAAAAACUAAAUCAGGAAUUCUACAACGUAUAAACGAAUUACAUCCUUCUUACCUUGCUCUUCAGUACCCACUACUCUUUCCAUAUGGAGAUGAUGGAUAUAGAUUUGACAUACCUCACACGGAUGUUGAUCAUUCAACUAAUACCAAACGUCGUUACUGUACAAUGAGAGAAUUCUUUGCUUAUAGAAUUCAAGACAAAGUUAAUGUUUUUUCAUUAAUUCUUAAUUCAAGAAGGCUUUUUCAACAAUUUCUGGUUGAUGCUUAUACGAUGAUUGAAACUGAGAGACUAUAUUACAUACGCAAUCAGUCAAACGUUCUUAGGUGCGAAUCUUAUGAAACUUUAAGAAGUGUACAAAUUCAUGGUAAUAUUGAUAUUUCCAAAGUCGGAAAACGUCUUAUCUUGCCUUCUUCUUUUACGGGUGGUACACGCUACAUGAUGCAAAACUAUUUAGAUGUCAUGUCACUUUUUGUUUAUACGGUGGAGUUUCAAAAGCGCGGUCUGCCUCACACACAUAUAUGUUUAUUCAUGCACUCUGAUUACAAACUCCCUACUGUUGAACAUAUUGAUCGAGUUAUUUCGGCUGAAAUUCCAAACAAAGACGAUGAUCCAGAAUUGUAUGCACUUGUUAAAAAGGCGGGUGUUAAGUUAGUCAAUAGAAGCGUUGUUCCAUAUCACAAAACCCUUUUGAAAAGAUAUCAAGCUCACAUUAAUGUUGAGUGGUGUAAUCAAGUGGCUUCCAUCAAAUAUUUGUUUAAAUAUAUUAACAAGGGUCCUGAUCGGGCUACUGUUGAAGUUGUACAAAACAGCAACGGAGGUGAUAAUGAUGAUGCUCCAGUUGAUGAAAUAAAGAACUACUAUGACUGUAGGUAUUUGUCUGCAUGUGAAGCUUCGUUAUUUGGAUUUGAUGUUCAUUACAAAUAUCCUUCUGUUGUAAGGCUUCCGUUCCAUCUUCCUGGAAAACAAAAUGUUGUAUACGGAGCAGAUGAUGAUAUUGAACAAACAAUCUAUUUCUUCUUUGAUGUUCUUAUCUUGGAUGAGCUGUAA